AUGUCCAAAGCCAACUUUGACAACAGCGAGGAGGAGAGAAAAUCUGUCGCCAACCUUGAGACUGUCAGCAUCGUGCCUCAAGACUCGGCCAGCGAGCUCUUCGAGGUCGAUGACACGCAUCUGAAAAGGACCCUGAAAGACAGACACAUCGGUAUGAUUGCGCUAGUCAGUGUUUUUGGUACGGGUUUGUUUCUGAGCAGUGGAGGAACACUGGCCAAAACAGGGCCGGUCGGUAUCCUCAUUGCGUACGCCCUCAUUGGAGUCAUUGUGGGCCUGAACCAGAUCGCUUUCGCCGAGGUGGCAGCUUUGGCUCCUCUGACGGGAUCUACAAUCAGACAUUCAGAGAUCUUCAUUGACGAGGCUGUCGGCUUCGCCUAUGGUUACCUUUCGCUCUGGCAACACCUUCUUCCAGGAGGCCUUGUUUCCGCAGCCCUUAUCAUUCAGUACUGGAGCAACCUCAGUCCUGCUGUGUGGAUCAGUGUUCUGGCGGUUCCAAUUGCCGUCACCAAUCUGUUUUCGAUCAGAAUAUACGGAGAAGUCGAGUUUGUGUUUGCGCUGCUCAAAAUCUCUCUCAUUGCUAUCCUUGUGCUAGCUGGUCUAGUGCUGGAUUUGGGAGGAGUCAAGGGUCAGGAGAGACUUGGUUUCCACUACUGGAAAGAUCCUGGCCCAUUUGCGGAGUUUGUCAAGACCGGCAAUAUUGGUAAGUUUAUUGGUUUCUGGGCUGCUCUGUCGUCGGUCGUUUAUUCUUACGGUGGAGUUCAGGGUAUUGCGCUUUUAGCUGGUGAGACCAAAAACCCACGCACAAACAUUCCUCGUGCCGCCAAAAGAAUUCUGUACAGAGUCGUCUCUCUCUACAUGAUUGCAGUCUUCGUUUUGAGUUUGAUUGUGCCAUACAACGAUAAGAAAAUCGCCGUGAGCGACGGAACAGCAGCUCACUCGCCAUACGUGGUUGCAUUCGAAAGAGGAGGCAUCAAGGUGCUUCCCCACGUGGUCAAUGCGCUCACUCUUACCUCUGCAUGGUCUGAGGCCAACGCUGGUAUCACCAGCUCUGCCAGAGUCUUGUUUUCGCUUGCGGCAAAGAAACAGGCCCCUAGAAUUUUUUUGAAGACCAACAAGAGACUUAACGUUCCAUUUGUGGGCGUCGUCUUGGCUUUGCUGUUCCUGGCUCUGUCCUAUAUGAGUAUCGAUAGCACGGCAGCUACAGUUUUCAGCUGGUUCCAAAACAUCACCUCGUCUAACCUGCUGCUUGGCUGGAUCCUUAUUUCUAUCUGCCACAUCAGAAUGAAUAGGGCACUGAAAGUCCAGGGAUACAAGAGAUCCGAUCUUCCGUACCACAACAGAUUGGCACCUGCCGGAGCAUGGAUCUCGCUUAUCGCAUCGGUCAUUCUUCUGGUGACAGGUGGAUUCACCACUUUUAUCCACGGGAACUGGAAGACCUCCACAUUUGUGUCUGCUUACUGCUCCCCAAUGCUGUUUGUGAUUUUCUAUCUCGCUUGGAAGAUCUCCAAACGCACUCCGCAGAUCGACCUCAAGGACAUCAUCAUUCCAGCUCUGAUGGAGGACUACAAAACUAGACCGGAGAAUGACGUGCCUCCAAAGGGUAUAUAUAAGUUCCUUUCUCUGUUGUGGAGUUAA